AUGCUUCCUCUCCACAUAUCUAAGGUGUUUAAAAACCACACACCAGAUACUCCAAUCACAUCCAUCUCUUAUGAUACAUCUGGACAAUACCUCCUCACUUCUGGUACUGACGAAUCUCUUCAACUCUAUGAGAUUCCUAAAGGAAGACAUCUGAAGUCUAUAUACUCCAAGAAAUAUGGCUGUCAUCUGGCCAUCUUUACCAACACUUCUCAUUCUCAAUGUCUUUUUGCAAGUACUCAAGAAAAUCACGUCAUUAGAUUACUCAAUCUAGACGAUAACUCUUUUAUUCGCUAUUUUAAAGGACAUAAGCAGCAAGUCGUCAAUCUAAUCAAUGCUACAAGUGCAACUAGACUCGAAAGUUUCUAUUCCAGUUCAAUUGAUGGUACUGUUAAAUGUUGGGAUAUGAGAACCAACACAUGCACUGCUUCUUUGGGUCUUUCUUCUACCCCCCUCAUAGCUCUUGAUCCUACUAACAGUGUCAUGGCCAUACUAGAGACCGGCUCUUUCCAACUGAGGCUCGUGGCAAUGGGGAAAUUCCCUACAGGAUCCAUCAAAGUCGUCGAUUUAUCUUCACUGUUUAAACAAUCUCUUCCUAAAAAUCUCCAGUUCACUAAUGAUAACAAAUACAUCAUUAUAACUACGGAUUCUACAGAGCAUAUUGUUCUUGAUUCAUUUUCCCUUCAGAUAAUGGGUACUCUUUCCGGCCAGGUACCUUUCAUCUCCAGAAAAUACCCUGACAGUGGUAAUAUUACGGUAACUCCAAGUGGGAAGUACGUUAUAGGAGGCUCUGGAAAUGGCGAAUUGCUAGUCUGGGACUUGUCAUAUCUCUCCAAUAAUACAUCGAUGAAACAGUUAGCUCCUACAAGUAAGCUGACAAACUCAGCUGAAGGCACUCUGUCGAUUCCGAGAAUGGUUCUCUUCAACCCACACUACGAAAUGUUGGCUACCGCAGAUACAGAGGUCUCUUUCUGGACGUCCAAAUAG